AUGAGCUCCCUUCCAAACAACUCUUCCUCCUCCGUCCACCGCCUCGACACCAUGUUCCUCCACCACCUGCUUCGCAGCCUUCAGGUUCAAGAUUCUGACAACCAAGUUACCGACGAGAAUUUCAUCUCCGAAGAAGAAGAGCAAGAGUACGAAUAUGAAGAUGACAAGCCCCGUCCCUACCAAGACGACGGACUCCAAACAAUCUACCAAGAAGAAUCUCGGAUUGAAGCUGAAGUCGUUUACCGGAUUCUCAACGGGGAAUCGCAUACGCUGAAGCCUAAUUCCGGUGAAACGGUUAUGAUUCGUGAAAGCAGUAUCGCUGUCAGGUUUCAUGUGGAAGAAGAAGAAGGGGAGUAUAUUGUGUGGGAAUGGCAUGGUCACAUUCCGAGGUACACUGAAGACCAUCAGUUUUCUCUUGAGUAUAUCUAUGGGAAUUAUUUUCAGAGGAUUGUUACGGAGGAGCGUGCUACUACACGGCCUCGAGUAGAUGCAGCGGCUGAUAAGGGUUUGAAGGACUUGUUUGAUGGUGCUGUCAAUCUCUCCCCUGGUAGGAUUCUUCAUCGUAAUCUCAACUUUUGUUCUGCUGCUACCAGAAAUUCCAGACUCUAA